AGAAAUCUUUUUAAAUAAUAGAAAACAUGUUUAUUGCUUGAACCAGUAACCGACCAAAAUUCAAUUGCAAACUAUUGCCGAUGCACCUAAUUUCGAUGGUCUUGCAAUGCCUUAACACCAUUUUUAGAACCACUGUACUGUUUGUUUUGACAGACAGCGUUCCACACCACUGCCUUGUGGGAACGUACAAAAGAAACUAUUCAACAUUCUGCGAACCGCAUAGUUCAACGCACCUGUGCCUUCCACUGGAUAACGUUUCGCACACUGACACUUCAUGUUCCACUUUUUGACGUACCCGUUGGUUCCAUGACCAUUCGCGUCAUAAUUAUUGUUUGCCGCAAUCAACACACUGGAUACUUUUAAAUUCUGCGGAAAAUGUCUAUUGUGGAUGCGAUAAAUCUGAAUUUAAAUAAGAUAUGUCGGGCAUGCUUGCUUCACAAUGAUAAUAUGAACGAAUUGAAUGGAGUGGUUGAAAGUGCUCAAAUGUCACUAGGCGACUUGUUGUUGGCAUGUUCGAAGGUCACAGACCAGAAGUACAUGCCCACCCUGCUAUGCCUGGAAUGCACCAGCCAACUGAUAAAUGCCUACAAUUUCAAAGUGAAAUGCGAAGAAAACGACAGAAUCCUUACCAACUACUUGACCGGACUGAAAAACAGCCCUAGUUACGUUUACGACGAACUGUCGCAGGACCCCAUCGACAUUAAAGUUGAGAUAGAUGAUGAUAGGACCCCAAAUGACCAGGACCAGAGCUUGGAGAUCUGUCGAGUUGAAGAAGGUGAAAACACUAUGGCUCCUAGCGUGUGUGAUGAAAUGAACGAAGACGACAAAGGCAAUUUGAAGGUUUCCAUAUCAUUCUCGGAUGAAAUUACGCCCGACGCCAAGAACAGGUACCGUUGUGAGGUUUGCAGGAAUGCAUAUAAUCAUAAGAAAUCCCUAAUUCGACACAUGAACAAAGUACAUAGAGCUAAUAUCUCGAAUCGCUGUAAAAUCUGCAAUAAGGUGUACGCUAAAGGGGCGCAGCUUGAAGCUCAUAUGGAAACACACAUGCAAAAUCAAAUAUUUAGUUGUGGGAUCUGUGGCGAAACUUUUGAUUCCGAGCAAAUGUGGAAAAUCCACCGAGAAAUGCAUUCAAAAUUACGGCAACGAAAAAAUAAGACUGAAAACAAAAAGGAAACCACAGCGAAACCAAAUGAAGUGGAUUACUCUCUUUGUUUGCCAAACGGAUCAAAAAGUAUCCAGUGCAAAAUAUGCUCUCUAGAAUUAGGUAAAAUAGCAAAGCUGAAAGAACAUAUGACACAACACACAACCGUCAAUUCGUUUAAUGAAAUCAACAUGACUAGUGAGUGGAAGAUGACACUUGGAUUAACCAAGUCCACUAGUUACGAAGAAAUUAUAAAUUAUAUAAUAAAAUCCAUAGAAGAAGGAUCUUUGUCAAACUUCUACUCUAUCUCUACCAAAUCUGGAAAUGAAUUAUCAAUUAGUGAUUCAGAGACCGAAUCAGAUUCCGAUGAUCAACCGUUCACUGAUUACUCGCGUUCUGUUUACAAAUGUGAAAUUUGUUGUAAGAUAUUUGAACGCCGUUAUAAAAUUCUAUUCCAUCAGCAAACGGACCAUUCCGGAGACGAAUUGAAAUACCAAUGCCCAAAGUGUUCGUGGAAAUUUAUAAGUAGUAAAUUGCUUAACGACCAUUUAAGGACGCUUUGUAACAACGAGAACAAACGAUAUUCCUGUGAUGAAUGCGGCAUGAAGUUCACAUGGAGUGAAAACCUAAUUGCUCACCAAAAUGUGCGUCAUUGUGUUGCGGAAAUUAAGAAAUCUAGAAAAGAAAUUACCAAGGAUAAGAAAUAUGUUUGUGAGGUAUGCAAUAAAGUGUUUGUUCGAAGUGAGCACCUCGAUCGUCAUAAAAGCGUGCAUUUACCACCGAAUCUCAGGCGUUUUGAAUGUGAAGUAUGUCACAAGAGAUUUAAUCGUAGAGAUAACAUGCGUUCACACAUGCGAGUACAUGAACGCGGCAAUCGCGCUGAUCGUGAAAAUGGAGGGGGGAAAUGUGAUGCCGAAGGUAGGCAUCAUCUAUGUGUCUAUUGUGGUCGAGGAUUUACGAAUUCAUCAAAUUUGAUUGUACAUAUGCGCAGACAUACUGGAGAGAAGCCGUAUAAGUGCGAUUUGUGUGGCAAGGGUUUUCCGAGGUCUUCUGAUUUGGCAUGUCAUCGCAGAACCCACACAGGAGAGAAACCGCAUUUAUGUACAGUGUGCGGAAAAGGUUUUUCCAGAUCCAAUAAGCUUGUUCGACAUUUACGAAUUCACACUGGAGUUCGACCCUAUAAGUGCACCUAUUGUGAUCGUGCCUUUACACAAUCAAAUGACUUAACAUUACAUAUUCGUAGACAUACAGGCGAUAAACCAUAUGUGUGCGGAGUUUGCGGUGAUCGCUUCAUACAGGGUACAGCUUUACAGGCACAUCGUCGAAUGAAGAGCCAUUUUGAAGGUCCCGAAAACGACGCCCCGUUCGCUAGUAUGAGUAUGAACAAUCCAAAUCGUUAUAACUCACAAAAUCGUGUAGAUCGAAUAGGCUUGCCAAACCGGGAACCAAUAGAACCCAUCGAAAUCAAACCAGUAGGGAGAGCUGGUAAUUCGAAAAUGCCUUGUACUUCAAAUAGUGGUGAUAACGUUUUAUUUACGAAUAAUAUUAUAGAGGCGAGUGUGGAAAAUAUUGGAGAUUGUAAUAUAGUUAGUCUAGUACCUGCGCAAAUACAAAUUCAAGAGUACCUUACUGUACCAGGAAUUGCGUAUUCUUCAGAGUUGCAGACUUUACAGUAACAUUUUUUAGGUUAAAAAUGUUUGAUACAUUAUACGCAUCAAAUAUAAGUUUAAUUUGGA